AAAUUUCAGGUGAUGACGAGGUUUUUAGGGCAAGUUAUACGGGCGUAACUGGAAAUGGAUUUGAAUAUAAUUUUCGCGUUUUUUGGAUGCGUGGUUCUGCAAUCAAGAAACAUUCUUGCAGCAAGUAAAGGCAGCUUGUAUCUUACCUACGAGACCCCAAUGAACGGCUCAGUCUUGGUUAACUGCGCGUACUGCAGCGACGAUCAGCAGCCUACCAUGAAGGUGGCACAAAAUUUAAUGGAAAGGAAAGAUAUCCAAGUAAACACAUUCGUGAGUAACUCCUACGACGAAGAGGGCAAAUGUUUCUUGGUGACGUCACAACUGAUGGUCAUGGACGCUCUUUUGCCUAAGAAAACCGAAUUCGAAUGCAUACUGAAGGAUACACUCACGGGCGAGGUGAAGAACGCCACACUUCUAUACAUCCCCAGUUGUGCGGGCGGAGUAUGUGUAUUGCGAGGUAUGCUGAUCGUGGGACUGCUCAUCAAUUUCUGGUUAUGAAUAAAUAUUUUAUGAAAGGAACCAAGCAACAAUGAAAAAUUACCAUUCACAAAUGCGCGAAAAUUAUAGUGUGUGUAGUUCAUCGAGUAUUAUUCAAUGAGAAGUUCAUGACUAAUCGGUCAGAAGGCACAAAUAAAUUUCUAUUGUAAGCUAGUUUAAGAUUAUCUUCAUUACUUACUUAAAGACUGUCGAUCCAAUUUUCUAAAAAUAAAUUUCGAAUCGAAUUUUGCAGGGCUUUAAACACUCUACUGUCGACAUUUUUUAAUAUUAUCGUAAAAUAAAUAAUCAAAUAUUCGUUUAACAUCACUAAAAUGGCAAAAGUCGACCACAUUAUUUUUGGGCAAGCUUAAAUGGACAAACAGCAAAUUUCUAGAUUGUCAAUGGUUUGAAAAGCCGUUCGUGCAGUAGCUGAAAUGCUGGCUUCACUUAUUGUAGUAUGCAACAUGAGCGCUGAUCAAAGAGAAUUUUUGGUUGUAAUUCAAAACGCAGUUCCACGUCAACAGUAUAAGAUCGUCGAAAUUAGUUUUAUGUUUUGUGUGUAAAAAAUGCUUGACUCAGAUUUAUUUCUCCAAUAAAGACCACUGCUAUCAUCGUGAUUUGCAAAUGUUUGCAGUUCGAAUCGAAUUUUUACUGGCCUGUUUACGGCAGAAAGCUGGGCGAAUUAUAUAGCAGAGCAUAAACAAGUUGGGAAAUUCAGAUAUGUUAUCAAUAUGCUAAAUGCAAUUCAAAAUACUGCGCUAGGCUUCAAACCUAGGCACGGUGGAAAUUUUUAAAGAAUUUUUUCGCGACGAGCUCUGUAAUCAAAGCAGUUUAUCCAUUCACCAUACCGGUCACGAACUUCAAACC